CCUCGACGUGGCAAAUGUUUCAUGCAGCCAUGUUGACUGCUGCUACGUAAGCACUUAGGCGUAAGUUCGCUGGGAAGUGUAUGGGCCCCUUCGCUGUCAGUGAAAGCGGUGUUGAAAAAGUAAGAGCCUAGUUCCCAGAGGGUGCCAUGGCUACCUUCCAGGAGUUCAUCCAGCAGAAUGAGGACCGGGAUGGUGUGCGCUUCAGCUGGAACGUCUGGCCCUCUAGCCGCCUUGAGGCCACCCGCAUGGUGGUCCCUGUUGCUUCUCUCUUCACACCUCUGAAGGAACGGCCGGACCUCCCCCCCAUUCAGUAUGAGCCAGUGCUCUGUAGUCGUGCCACCUGUCGCGCUGUGCUCAACCCCUUGUGUCAAGUGGAUUAUAGAGCCAAAUUGUGGGCUUGCAACUUCUGUUACCAAAGAAACCAGUUUCCCCCAACCUAUGCUGGAAUCUCAGAAGUGAACCAACCAGCUGAGCUCCUUCCCCAGUUCUCAACUAUUGAAUAUGUUGUUCAGAGAGGUCCCCAAAUGCCCCUGAACUUCCUGUAUGUGGUGGACACGUGCAUGGAGGAUGAGGACCUGCAGGCCUUGAAGGAGUCUUUGCAGAUGUCUCUGAGUCUGCUGCCCCCCACUGCCCUGGUCGGCCUCAUCACCUUCGGACGCAUGAUCCAGGUGCACGAGCUGGGAUGCGAGGGUAUCUCCAAGAGCUACGUCUUCAGAGGCACCAAAGAUCUCAAUGCCAAGCAGCUACAGGAGAUGCUCGGGUUGAGCAAGCCAGCAGCACAGCAGGCAGGAAGAGGACCCCAAGGCCCACAGGUUCCUCUGUCUAACAGGUUCUUGCAGCCAGUCCAGAAGGUCGACAUGAACUUGACUGACCUCCUCGGGGAGCUGCAGAGGGAUCCCUGGCCUGUGACUCAGGGCAAGAGGCCGCUGCGCUCCCUGGGCGUAGCGCUGUCCAUUGCUGUGGGCCUGCUAGAGUGUACUUUCCCCAACACUGGCGCACGCAUCAUGACCUUCAUUGGUGGGCCAGCCACCCAGGGCCCUGGCAUGGUGGUGGGCGACGAACUGAAGACACCCAUCCGCUCCUGGCACGACAUUGAGAAGGACAACGCCAAGUUCAUGAAGAAGGCCACAAAACAUUACGAGGCGCUGGCUAACCGAGCAGCGGCCAACGGGCACAUCGUCGACAUCUACGCCUGUGCCCUGGACCAGACGGGACUUGCCGAGAUGAAGUGUUGCCCCAAUUACACAGGUGGUUACAUGGUGAUGGCAGAUUCCUUCAACACGUCACUUUUCAAGCAGACUUUCCAGAGAGUCUUUACAAAAGAUGUGCAAGGAUCCUUCAAGAUGGCCUUCGCUAGCACUUUAGAAAUUAAGACUUCGAGAGAGGUCAAGAUUUCAGGAGCGAUUGGCCCAUGUGUUUCCCUCAAUGCCAAAGGGCCGUGUGUGUCUGAAAAUGAGAUUGGCACUGGUGGCACAUGCCAGUGGAAGAUCUGUGGCUUGGAUCCCACCACCACUCUGGCUAUCUACUUCGAAGUGGUCAAUCAGCACAACGCACCAAUCCCUCAGGGCGGCCGGGGGGCAGUCCAGUUCGUCACACAGUACCAACACUCCAGCGGCCAGAGACGCAUCCGAGUUUCCACCAUCGCCAGGAACUGGGCCGAUGCACAGACUCAGAUCCAGAGCAUUGCAGCCUCAUUUGACCAGGAGGCAGCGGCCAUCCUGAUGGCGCGUCUGGCUGUGUACCGGGCCGAGUCGGAGGAGGGACCGGACGUCUUACGCUGGCUGGACCGACAGCUCAUCCGCCUGUGCCAGAAGUUUGGAGAUUACCACAAGGAUGACCCAAACUCAUUCCGCUUCUCUGAGACCUUCUCCCUCUAUCCACAGUUCAUGUUCCAUCUGCGGAGGUCUCCAUUCCUGCAAGUCUUCAACAACAGCCCAGACGAAAGUUCCUACUACAGGCACCAGUUCAUGAGACAGGACCUUACUCAGUCGCUUAUCAUGAUUCAGCCCAUCCUGUAUGCGUACUCCUUCAGUGGACCUCCGGAGCCUGUGUUGCUGGACAGUAGCAGCAUCCUGCCUGACCGGAUCCUGCUCAUGGACACCUUCUUCCAGAUUCUCAUCUACCACGGAGAGACGGUGGCUCAGUGGAGGAAGGCUGGCUACCAGGAGAUGCCCGAGUACGAGAACUUCCGGCACCUUCUGCAGGCCCCUGUGGAUGACGCCCAGGAGAUCCUGCACAGCCGCUUCCCCAUGCCCCGCUACAUCGACACGGAGCACGGAGGCAGCCAGGCUCGUUUCCUGCUCUCCAAAGUCAAUCCAUCUCAGACCCACAACAACAUGUAUGCCUGGGGCCAGGAGUCUGGAGCACCCAUCCUGACGGACGAUGUGAGCCUGCAAGUGUUCAUGGACCACCUGAAGAAAUUGGCCGUCUCCAGCGCAGCUUAAGGGGUUGGGGUUGAUGAUGGGUAGUCGGGAGAGUGGGUUUGCUGCUUAUUCAGCUCGCCACCCAACACGCUAAGAGACCCUCAUUCACCCCAGCCCACCCCCCUCAGCCCUGCCAAUAUGAACAGCCUCCAUCCCAAAGGCCUGUGAGGUACAGGAACUAUCAGUCUUGAGGAGACUCUUGUCUGCUCCCAGAGAUUACCAUAUUUUACCAUUUGACCCCCCCCCCCCCCUCCUUCUCUCUUCAUAUCACUUUAUCUGUGCCUCAGUGUGUUCCUUUCAUCCGUCUUUUCUUGAUCACAUUUCUCUUUUAUACUCUUUUUCCUCUUUCCUCGUCUUUCCUCCUGCUCUCUUUUUUUUUAUUGUGGAAACAUUUACAUAGGAAAGUUAUUGCCAACCGAGUCUUGACACUUGAGCCUCACAAUGUAACUAUUGUCCUAAGGCAGUCUCCAAUAAUUGUUGGAGAAACACAACGAUUGUUACUGAAUAGGAACGCAUGAGGUGCUGUAUAUGUGGGUGGGUAAAAAAAAAAACGGCAGAGCAACUUGUUUCAGAAACACUAACUCGACUCCCUUCCGAACUGAGGAUACUUUUCCUUUGACGUUCAAUUUUUUUUUCUUACCCCCAGCCCCCAUGUAUCAAACCCUCUGAAUAGUAAAUUUCUCAAACAUUUCCCACAAUAGCUUUUUGGAUGGCUUAUCUGGAUAACUUUCUAUUUAAAAGAGUGUGAAAAAAAUGUGCUAAAUCCAACAAUAGCCUACCUUGUAUCAACGCCGGUGGUGCCACUCUUGUUGGUUAGGCACAGAGAUGAACAAACUGCCAGUGUGCCCAAUUAAGCCUGAGUGCUUUUGUUCUCACCCCGGCCUUUGUGGCGUCAAAAACAAUGAGUUAUUUAUAGAGCCCUUAUUCCCCCCCUCCUUUUUCCCCCUCUGUCUUUCAUCAAAUCUCUCUUGGUGGUUCUAUAUCACAUUAUGCUGGCGCAUAAAGUACAAAGCUAACAGUAAAUCCUAAUAGUCAUGGACUUGCUGUAUGCAAACGCUGCCUACUGUCUGGAAAGACUUGGAUAUUUAUGCAUAGUUUCUAACAGUAUUAGUGUGAUUUCUUAAUAAAAUGCUCCUCAGUCAAACAUGA